UUUUUUCCUUUAUAGUAUUCUCUCUGUUUACCUCACAGUCUGGACUUUUUCUUUCUCUCUCUCUCUCUCUCUCUCUAAAAACCAAGAAGAGAGAGAAAAAACCAAAUGCAGGUUCUUUAGCUGUCUCUACUACUCUCCAUGACCUUAUCUUUUGCCAUUAACCCAAAGACCCAGCCAUGGCUGAGCUUUGAAAAAAGCUUCAAAAUUUAACAUCAUUUCUCUUUGCACUGUUUUCUUCUUCUAAAAAAAGCCAAAACCCAUUUCGGUUUUGACCCAAAACAUGGAGACCCAAAUGCUUCAAAUGGUGUUUCUUCUUCUGGUUGUUCUUCUUCCAGGAGCUAAACCAGAUCUGGGUUCCGACCGAGCAGCUCUUCUGGCUCUGCGCAAAGCCGUUGGUGGUCGAACCCUCCUGUGGAAUGCGACCCAGAUAAGCCCUUGCUUGUGGGCCGGUGUCAAAUGCGAGAACAACCGGGUCACCGUGCUUCGUCUUCCCGGAGUAGCCUUGUCGGGAAAAAUUCCGACCGGCAUUUUCGGAAAUCUGACCGGAUUGCGAACUCUCAGUCUUCGUCUCAAUGCUCUCACCGGUCCUCUGCCUUCAGAUCUCGUUUCCUGUACGGCUCUCCGGAAUCUCUACUUGCAGGGAAACCUGUUUUCCGGCGAAAUCCCGGAAAUUCUGUUCAGCCUUCACGACCUCGUUCGCCUGAACUUGGCGUCCAACAAUUUCUCCGGCGAGAUCUCGGAGAGUUUCAACAACCUGACAAGGUUGAGAACUCUGUACCUGGAAAACAACAAGCUUUCCGGGUCGAUUCCGGCUUUGAAGCUCACCAAUCUCGAUCAAUUCAAUGUCUCGCACAAUCUGUUAAACGGGUCCAUUCCUGCUAAGUUACAGACAUUCUCUUCGAGUUCGUUUCUGGGUAAUUCUCUGUGUGGUCGUCCACUUGAUCUUCUUUGCCCCGAUGAUAGUGGGAAUGCAGCUAAGCCCCCGGAAGAAGGGGAAAUUAACAUCAAUAACAACGGUGGUCACAAGAAAAAAUUGUCUGGCGGUGCCAUUGCCGGGAUUGUGAUUGGAUCCGUAUUAGCUUUCAUUCUGAUCCUUGUGAUUUUCAUUGUUUUGUGCCGGAAGAAGAGCAAUCAGAAAACAAGAGCUGUAGACAUUGCGACGGUGAAGCAUCAUCCGGAGGUAGAUAUUCCUGGCGACAAACCGGCACCGGAGGCGGAACAUGGUGGUGGUGGUGGUUACAGCAACGGGUAUUCGGUGGCGGCGGCGGCUGCAGCGGCAAUGGUGGGCAACGGGAAGAGUGAAGCCAGUAAUGGUGGUAGUGCUGCUGGUGCCGGUGCUAAAAAAUUGGUGUUUUUUGGUAAUGCUGGGGCGAGAGGGUUUGAUUUGGAGGAUUUGUUGAGAGCUUCUGCGGAGGUUUUGGGGAAAGGAACGUUUGGAACUGCUUACAAGGCAGUUUUGGAGGCUGGGACUGUGGUGGCUGUGAAAAGGCUCAAGGAUGUGACCAUUUCUGAUAAGGAAUUCAAGGAGAAGAUUGAAGUUGUGGGAGCAAUGGAUCAUGAAAAUUUGGUCCCCCUCAGGGCUUACUAUUAUAGCAGAGAUGAAAAGCUUCUUGUCUAUGAUUACAUGCCUAUGGGAAGCUUAUCUGCACUUUUGCAUGGAAACAAAGGAGCAGGUAGGACUCCAUUGAAUUGGGACAUGAGGUCUGCCAUUGCUCUUGGAGCUGCUCGUGGCUUGGAUUAUCUGCACUCUCAGGGCCCCAAUAUCUCCCAUGGAAACAUCAAGUCGUCUAACAUUCUCCUCACCAAAUCCUAUGAUGCCCGGGUCUCUGAUUUUGGUCUAGCACACCUUGUUGGGCCCUCCUCAACUCCCAACCGAGUUGCUGGCUACCGAGCACCAGAGGUGACCGAUCCUCGCAAGGUGUCGCAGAAGGCCGAUGUCUAUAGCUUUGGCAUAUUGCUCUUGGAACUUUUGACUGGGAAGCCCCCGACUCAUGCUCUCUUGAAUGAGGAAGGGGUUGACCUUCCAAGAUGGGUGCAGUCCAUUGUUAAAGAGGAAUGGACUUCUGAGGUUUUCGAUCUCGAGCUCCUCAGAUACCAGAAUGUUGAGGAAGAGAUGGUUCAACUUUUGCAGCUUGCAAUAGAUUGUGCAGCUCAAUAUCCUGAUAAGCGCCCUUCAAUGCCGGAAGUGACAAGGCGCAUUGAGGAGCUACGUCGAUCUAGCAUUAGAGAAUAUCACGACCCCCAGCCGGAUAUUUCCAACGAUGCAGAUGAUAUUUCUUCCCGGUUGAGUUGAGUCAGAGACCAGCCACACCAAUCUUCAAGCCAGGGCUUUGUAGAAUGACCAUCUUUGUUUUUAUCAUAUGCUCAUACUUUUUGUGUGGAAAAAAAAAAAAAAAAAAAAUCUGGUGGUGUUAUUGUAUGUUUAAAAUCCAGGUCUAAAAUUCUCUUUCGUUUAGGAGCCAACUUUCAUUUUUUUCCCCUCUCAAAUUCCCCAUUGUACUGUUUUUUCUUUUAAAAUUUUUCUUUCUUUUUAAUUUUUUAAUGAAUACAUUGUGGGGGUGGAUAUCCGUUUCAUUUGUUAUUGUUGGGUAGAUGACUUUGGUGGUUGCUGUAAUUAUUACAUUUGCCUUUUGCUUUUGCUUUGGUCUCACCUUUUUAUCAGAUGAAAUUGAGAUGUUUUUUAGUUGCUUUUUA